AACAAACAAACAAACAAACACUGUGUAACUGUAUCGCUGGAGUGGAGUCAGAGGGAGCAUACGGAAAGUCUGUUUUCCUGUGUGUAAAUCAGUAGGGUCUGAGGUUCGGCGCCCCCCCCCCCCGCCGCCGCCCCAUGGAGGCCGUGUCGGGGGACUUGAAGGCCGUCGUGCAUCUCAUGGCCGUGGCGCAGAGCGACUGCGUCUCGUGCUGGGAGCCCCGGGCUGCGCGCCGGGCCCUCAAGUGGGCGCGCCACUGCGAGCGGCUGCAUGCGCAGUUCCACUCGGACCCGGGGGUCCGGCGGGUCUUGGAAGAGCAGCUGGUGAAGGCUGGAGAAGGCCUCGGGGGCUGGACCCUCACCUUCCCGGAGCUGGCCCGCUGCGAGGGGCUGCUGAUCCGCAGUCUGCUGAGGAACCCGGCGCUUCCCCCUAGCGUGACCAAAGAGCUGCUGGGGGCCGGGGGGUGUGCGCACGUGCACUCUGCCCUCCCUUACCUAGAAGAUGUCAUUAAGUACAGGGCAGCGACAGAGUUGCUCUCACAUCUCCUGGAGUCUGCGAUGCCGAUGGACCCCUGGAUUCAAACCCAGGGCCAGAUGGUCCGGGGACGCCUGGACUCCAUCCUCCUGCAGGGCGACUCUGAGCGCCUCUCGCGGGACCUACUGGAUUCGAUCAUGCAGGACAGCGCAGGGGACCCUCGCUUCCCCCUAGUGCUGGCGGCUGCUGCGCUCUCCCCUGGAGGCGGUGGCAGCAGCGGAGGAAGGGAUGCCACAGGUGCGAUCCUGGACUGGUUGCUAGGCAACCGCAGCCAGUUGCUGAGUUUCUGCCGCAACGUCCCGUCUGCACUCCUCGUAGACGUGGCCCAGCGCUCCUCCGUCUUCAGAGAGGCAUAUUACUGUAUCCUGGAGGACUGGGGGCGCUCUCUGCGCUAUGACCUCCACGAGGCCCACUGGCUCCCAAAGAGCAACUCCGCCGUGCCCUUCGAUGCCCUAGUUGGACAUUUCCGGGCACUGCUGGACAGCCCGUCCCUGAGGGAGCGAACCGAGAACGUCCUCCGCGAGAUGAAGGCAGCCGACGGGGACUUUGAUGUGGCUGGACUGAGCGUGUGGAGCGACGUCUUCGGGGGGCUCCCAAAUUAGAGUUUCCGCAC